UUUAACUUCAUUCAAUAAAUAGGGCAUAUUUUGUGUCGAAUUGCAAGACAGCUCGGCUUACAGCCACAAAACUAAACACACAAGAAAGAUUUAAAAACAUAUGGAUUAAUGGAAUGAUUUAGACCGCGAAUGAUGCAAAUAGUGUCUCAAUUGAGCCUAACUUCCGUUCCUGUCUGUCGUUUCUUUUCCGGUGGACAGCAUGGCGUCGGGUCACAUCAGCAGACUGGCUAACCUGUUUAACCGAGCGAACACCAGCAGAAAUAUUAGACAGCUCCAAGGAACUUUACUGUCAUCUAACAACAAAUCUACAGUCAGAGGUUUAUCCACUAAUGACAACAGUAAUGUGGAAAUCGCUGUGACAUCUGAUGGAAACACAAUAGUGUGUUACCAUCCCACAGUCGACAUUCCCUAUGAGCUCACACAGCCGAUCGUCAGGCCGGACGCCGUCAGUGAUCAUGCAGAGACGCACGAGCAGGUGCUCAAAGCCAGACUCGGUAAAGAGGUUUUAAAUAACAAACAGGCCCCGACCAUAGAAGAGCUCAGUAAGAUGUUUUACACCACCAAACACCGCUGGUACCCCGUCGGACAGUAUCACUCCAGACGCAGAAACCCAAAUCCUCCCAAAGACCGAUAGUCUGGGUUUUUUUCUGUCCUCUCUAAUAUUCUUUGUACAUGAACCGCUGCACAUUAAAUAAACCCUUCCUUCAGCUAUUG